GGUGGAGCUGCAUAAGUACAGGUACGGGUCAGCCCAGAGCCCCAGUACCUCCACACUCCUCCAACAGGACUCCUCACAGCACGUCUGCCCCGUUCCUCCUCCACUCUCUGAUCCAGAAUGACUCCUCACGGCGGAGCGGUGCGUCUGCUGGUGCUGCUGGGGGUGGCGCUGGCCUCCGGGGGGCCGCUGCACUUCAUCUCCGACAGCCUGAGACUCACCCAUGGCUCCAUCGCCGACGAGCUGGAGCUGAAGCUGCCAGCGGUCGGCCUCCAUCCUCUCUUCAGCUCCGUCCUUCAAAGUAUCAACAACUCCUGCCUGAAGCAAAACGAUGCGCAGCUCAUCAACGCCACCCUGGACGUGUACACGCGCAUCUUCUCCAGCAUCCUGCCGCACGGCCACCACAAAACCCACGGGAAGGGCCACGCCUCGGGCCUGCUGGAGGACCUGCCAGAGCCCAAGAGGUCCAAAGUCACCUCAGCCCUCAAGGAGCUCAAAAAGUUACUGGACGACCUGAAGAGGCACCUGAAUCGUCCCGUGAACGACAACAAAGAGGCUGUUCUCAGAGAGCUCAGCGAGAUGCAGGUGGACGACACCAUGGUGCAGAGGAAGGCUCUGGCUGAGUUCAUAGAAGUCUACCAGGCGGCUUCGGUGGUCAGCUCCUACAAAUGCUGAUCGGGGCUCUUCUGAAGGAUGACUCGUUUACAAUGAAGAUGCUUAAUUAUUGUAUUAGUCCGUCCAAAGCCAAAUCUGUUCCUCCCGGUACCUCUGUGUUGCAUUAAAGCCCAAAGUCCUACUUUCAUUAAAUAAGAUGUACUUAGUAAGAGUAUUAACCCAAUAGGGAUGAAAGGAGGGAACUUAAGGGUGGACGAUACCAUUGUCAGCUUUUUUCUAGCAGAAUGUGAACUUGGGGGGUUUACUUGAGGGUUUACUUACUUCUUGGUUUAUUCAGAGAUUUGUUUCAGGUUUCAAUGUUCCACUUCAUUUUUGCUCAUAUUUAUUGUGAUAUUUAAAAGGUUAUUUCAGGUCAGUUCAUAUUGUUGGACACAGGUUAACACUUAACUGCAAUUGACUUCUUCUUUAGAUAAUUUAUUCAUGUUUUAUUUAUCUUAAAUUAUUUUCUUGGUGUCAUUUUAAUAAAAAGC